AUGGCUGCUCCCACCUCCAACCGCCUCCCGUUUCUGCUGAGGGGUCGCCUCCCACUGCGCCCCUGGCCCACCACGACCAGACCACUUCCCUUUGGAACUGCGCGACGAUACGGAACGAACGUUGAGGAUAAGAAUGAGCUGGACAAGGAGACAAGGGAGGGCGCCCAACACGAUGCUGCCGCCGACCAGGCCACCGACACAUCAAGGUCCGACACCAAGUCUGCCCAGGCCAUCGCAGACGAGGCCUCGAGCAGAUCCGACUCGGAGUCUUCGGUUGUCAGCGACCUCAAGGACUGGGAGACGAACCCAAACUUUAAGAUCGAAUCCUUUUCCGACCUACCCCACGCCAACUUUGGCGUCAACCAACACAUACCGUUCGACGCCGAGUUCAAGGAAGUCUUGAAGGCUAUCCCUUGGGCGUUCCGGGCGCCAAUCCGUUAUGCAUUUGCUUAUGGAUCCGGAGUAUUUCCACAGUCGAAAUCCAACGGCAAAACGGCAACCCCCGAAGAAGUAAAGGCUAUACAUCCAAAAUGCCCACCAGCGGUAGCAAGACAUCAAGAUGGCACACCGAAAAUGAUUGACUUUAUCUUUGGCGUUUCCCACACGCAACACUGGCACUCUCUCAAUAUGAAACAACACCGCGAUCAUUACUCGGGCCUUGCCACGCUCGGGUCGGGGGCCGUAUCUUAUGUGCAGGACAGAAUGGGUGCUGGUGUCUACUUUAACCCAUAUGUUGUUGUCAACGGGAUUUUGAUCAAGUACGGAGUGGUGCUGCUAAAGACACUGGAGGAAGACCUGACCAACUGGGACACACUGUAUCUGGCCGGUCGGUUGCACAAGCCGGUGAAGAUUCUGCGCGAUGACCCCAAGAUUCGUCUCGCCAACCAGAUCAACCUGCUUUCUGCUUUGAGGACGGCCCUGCUGCUUUUGCCGCCAAAGUUCACCGAAGAAGAGCUCUAUGCCACCAUUGCCGGCAUCAGCUACCUCGGCGACCCACGAAUGGCCCUGCCAACGGAGAACCCAAGCAAGGUCAAGAACAUUGUCGGCAACAACAUGACCAACUUUAGACGGCUGUAUCUCCCACUUAUCGAGACGCUCCCCAAUGUCGAGUUCAACGACCCGGGAACCAGCGCCAAGGACUGGGUGUGGGAGGCUAGCAACCUCAACCUCGUUCAGGAUAUGGACCCUGUCAAACGCGGCAACAUGGUGCGCCGGCUGCCAAAGUCAUUCCGGUCACGUCUCUACUUUCAGUACCAGAGGAAAUUCGCCAUCCCGCAGCUAGAGUUCAACAAGAUGAUGGAGGAAAGUAAGAAUGAGGACUCGAUCUCGUUCAAGCGUCGCGAGGGCGGCGGGUUUGAGAGGCGUAUUGUGCAGGACGACCCCACCGAGCUGCGCAGCUAUAUUCGGGAGGUGAUUAAGCAGACUAUCAGCUGGCCGGCCACGACACAAUCCUUGAAGGGACCCCUCACCAGCGGCUGGACGAGGACGUGGCGGUAUCUGAUGGAGAAGAUGGCCAAGUACCGCGAGGGAAAGGCCAAGGAGGCUGAGGAGAAGGAGGAGAGCGAGGAGAAGAAGGCUUGA